GAGAGAGAGAGAGAGUCGCACGUGUGCACGGUAAGCCACAGGUAUAAGAUUAUAUAUAUUGUACGGUCUCUCCAGCGGCGGCGGCAGCGAGUUAUAAGUAUCAGUAGUGGACUGGCACAGGUAGCUCCACGUACAUACGGUGCUGCGCGCGAGACAACUCACCUGAUUUUUUUUUAAUUUUUUUUUUUCCCUCCCGAUCGGACGCUCGCCGUGUAUGUGGGUCGGGAAAAAUCGAAAGUCGCUCGGGAGAAAAGGAAAGAUCGGCCUUAGUCCAACCGAAGAGGGCAAGAUAAGAGGCGAGCGGGAAAAAUAAAAGCAAGUGCCGUUUAGAUAGUAAGGAGAGAAGCGGACGGGAGAGGAUGGAGUCGGUAAGCCCGCGCGCGAGGCUCUGCCACAUAACAAAGUGGGAGCACUUUGACGGCUACGGUUUCAAUUUGCACGCGGAAAAGGGCAAGAUCGGCCAGUUUAUCGGCAAAGUCGACGAGGGCUCGCCGAGCGAGGCGGCCGGCCUACGCCAGGGCGACCGCAUAAUCGAGGUCAACGAGAUCAACAUAGCCAACGAGACGCACAAGCAGGUCGUCGAGCGCAUCAAGGCCUUCCCCACGGAGACUAAGCUCCUGGUGGUCGACCGGGCCGCGGACGACUACUUCAAGGCCAACAACGUACCGAUCAAGGGCACCAUGCCCGGGAUCAAGUACCUCAAGACCCCGGAAUCGAGUUUCACCCAGGAUGACGAGGACGAGAUCGACAACGACAGUAGAAACGGCAGCCACGCAGCUGCUGGAAACGCCAACAAGACCACCAGCAACGGCAGCCAGGGGACGACGAGCGACACGCACUCGAUCGGCUCGUCGGUGGACGGUGGCAAGGAGAACGGGAGCGCGAACAACGGCACUUUGGCCAGCAACGGGAGCAACUCGAUGACGACCCAACUCGAGGACGAGGACAACCUGAGCAACAAAUCCUCGGCGAGUGGGGGCAGCAAGGACGUGAUACAGCCGGCGGGUAGCGGGGACGGGCCCCUCAACCUGCAGAUGAGCGCCAAGGAGCUCAGGGCCAAACUCGCGGCGCGCAAAAAGUACGACCCCAAGAAAACGCCCAUGGGCUUCAAGGACAAGUUCGACAUCGUACAGAAGCUUUAGGCUGCGCCUGAUAGGUUGCCGUCGUGUCGUAUAACCCUUUCUUGCUCUCCGUCCAAAGACAAUUAUCAUGUCAUCGGCGCUUUGCGAGCCGUUGGGCGAUAACGAUUUUUUCCAACGACAAAUCACACGCACGAGAUAGGCACGAUACAGGUAAUGGAAAAAAAAAAAAAAAAAAAAAGGUAUUUAGUAGCCCGAUAAGCGACGGGGCGAGAUAAGAGGUGCCAUGGGCGCACGAGCACGCGCGCGCAGACGCGCUCAAUUAGCGGAGUACCUAUACACAUAAUAUGUACGCGUGCGUAUGCUGUAACGUUACGCAAACGCCCGUCGUCUCGUAUAGAUACAUCAUAUACACCCAAUGUGGACACGCGAAGGCAACGUACGCACUAUGCGUCUCUUCUGAUAUAUAUAUAUAUGACGUGACUGAGAAGUUUCGAGGUUUGUAUUCCCCUACUCCACCGCGGUACAGAUAGCGAUCGUGCGAGAUUGUAAAAAAAAAAAAAAAAAAAAGCUAUCUUUUCUUGCACGAACGCGUUGUGGGUUGUCUUUGUAAAUAAUAAGUAAAUGCGCGAGGGGAGGAACGAAAAGUCGCCGCCGCGCUUCCUUCGCGUGACAAGAGAUUGUGCACGCGGCGCGAAAUUUUUACGAUCGUCGCCCCAAGUAUAUAAUAUACAUGUUUCGCCUUUCUUCAUCGAGGCUCAGCCAAAACUAUACUUAUACACGCAUAUUAUAUUACAUACAUUAAUGUGUCACGUAGCUCUUGUUAAGGAACAUUGUACUUGUUACUCUUAUUGUUACUGUAUUAUUGUUGUUAUUAUUAUUAUUAUUAUUAUUAUUAUUAUUAUUA